GAUGAUCUGACGAAAACAAUUCAUGCGGCUCAGGAAAAAUGUAUCAUAGUUUCUCUAAAACCGGAAUGCUAUCUAAAGCGAUGAUACCAAGGGUGGCAUACCGGUACUUAACAUCAACUUAUAUGGUGCUAUGAUAGCUACAUAUCGACGACACAUUGAAAGAUAACAACAAUCACGAUGGUUUUCAUCACAAAA